CCGCCUCUCGGGUCUCGUCGCCACUUGCUUCCUUCUUUCUUUCUUUCUUUCUUUCUUUGUUUCUUCUCUCCACUGCAUAACUUACAAAAACCGAAAAGAAAAAUACUUUUCUUUCCCAUUCUUUUCCUCAAACGCAGAGAAGCUGUUUAACCAUCAAACUUCUUAUUUCUUUAUGAAAAAUUGAAAGUUCUCUUUUCUCUGUAAUUUUUUGAAAUUUAAUGCGGAGAAAUAAAAGAGUAAUAAAAUGGCUUCACUACAGCUUUUGAGCCCUGUUUUCUCUUCCAUUUCCAUUUCCCAGUCAAAUUUUCGUGGAAAAUCUGAUUUCAGGAAGAAACUUCUCAGCUUCAAUAGAUGUAGGAGCUUCGGGCCUUUGCACAACCAAAGAUCUAAAAUUUAUUGUGCCACUCAAGAAGGUGACAACAAAAGCAAUGGUGAAGAGCCUCCUGAGUCACUGUUUAUGAAGGAAUUGAAGAGGAGGGGGAUGACACCCACUUCGUUGCUGGAGGAUGCCAAAAGAACCAGUUAUGGAGUGGAUGAGGAGAUGAAAGUGGGGGAAGAAGCGGGAAGUUUCUCCAAUAGGAAUGUUGUCUCAACUGAAUAUGAGAAAAGCUUAUCUAAUCAAAGGGAGCGCUCCAUGGAAUUGAAUAGCGAAGGCCUUGAGGGGCUAGUUCCUCGGGCUAAACUGUUGCUAACGAUUGGAGGAACUUUCUUUCUUGGCUUUUGGCCUGUGAUCCUUUCAACUAUGGCAUUUUUUACUGCUCUCUACCUUUACUUUGGAUCAUCUUUCAUUCAUGAUGCAAGCAAGACUCCCAUUUCACCACCGCAACACGUUGACCCUUUUGCACUUCUGGAAGAUGAAAGGAUUUCUCAAACAGCCCCUCGUGUAAAUUGAAGGACAAAAUGCGUCCGGCAUACGAGAAAAUUCAUAGACUUUAAUUACAGGUUUCUGUAGCAUAUUUCCUUCACCUUCUGUAGUUCCUUCUUUGUAAAUCAUAUAUCAACAGGAACUUCUCGCUCCCAUUGAAAGUUGUGUGUCUUUCAUACUGUUUUAAAGAUCCAAUUCCUUGCCAAAAUUGGCUUCAAAUAUAGACGGUUAUAGACUUCAUAUUGUUACUUUUAUAUUUUUGUGGGAUAUUGUGGGGGAAGGAGAUUGAAUUGGAAGGGAGGCCUCAACUCCAGCCGGGACU